UCACAAUCACAUAACAGAAACGAGGGGCAACAUGCAUGAUCACAAUAUCUAACACACACGCCACAUCCAACACAGACUAGUGUGUGUAGGUGUAGUUCUCACUGAACCAUGUGUUCACCGUGUUAUAUAUUCCAAUUUAUGGCGUGUUUUAUCAUAAUUUACAUGAUGCCUGUUUCAGUGUGAACUCAUGCAGUCAUAUUACAUGUUUAAUUAUUGCACAAAUGACAAACAAAAUAUUUGAUUUAUGUGCAUAUUAAUGUGUCUGUAUGAUCCCAGGUCUCGUCUGAAGUUCUCCAGUAAAAGCAUCCCCUUUAUGAACGGCUCAGACAUUCGACCUCCGCUCUUGUUCAGUUGGGACCAAAUUAGCACAGUGUUUAGCGGGAUGUCUUUUGGAGACUUGCAAGCGUUUAUCACUGAUCAAGAAAAACUGUCUGUCAGAAUCGAAUCAGAGAGGGAGGGCAGUCCUGUGAGACGAGAAUUCGGAGGUGAUAUUUGUGACCGCAUGAGAAGGAAUCACAGUCAGGAACCUGCCUCUGAGAUGGAGCUGGCUGAGGUGGCUCUGAACAUCCUGUGUCUGCUGAUGAAGGAGCAGUGGAGGUGGUUGUGCACCGAAAACAUUCAGAGGACCAUCAGGCUGCUGUUCGGGACCCUUAUCAACAGAUGGCUGGAUGUGAACGUAGCCAACCUGACAGCCACUGCAUAUUGGGUGGUGUACCUGCAGGUCAUCCAGGAGUCUGUGUGGCCAGGAGGAGCCCUGCCCACUGCCCCUCAACUUGAACGGAGCCAGCAACAGAAGGACAGCACCAGGCAACAAGCCUUACACUGUCUGAUGAGCCUCCUACCAGAUCUGGUCUCUGACAUGUUGGGCUCAAACAAGUACAAACUGAGCUGGGAGACUGCGCUGGACUCUCUUCAAAACCCCUACAUUAACAGACAUCUGGUCUUCUGCCUAUUUGAUGUUCUGUUGGAGUUCCUGGUUCCUGAAAUACCCAUGGAGGGUUUCCAGAGGAGCCUCCUGCACAGUCUCUCCAAGAACCCCGAGAAGCUGCUGGCAUGAGAGGAACACCAACACACCCAGAUUAAACCUCCAUCAUCUGGACUGAUCUUUCACCAAUGUUGACCGCUCCUGUUCUACUAACGUUCUACAAGACUGAGAGUGUAAGUGAAUGUUUCUGGUCGACCAAAUAGUCUCUGUCCCCUCUUUAAACUUUGAAGUUUCCUCAGGCCUGACUUUAAUUAUGUGUUGAUGCAUCGUCAUACAAGGCUGUAUACACACACAAUAGCACAAACUGCAGAUGAAACGGCUUUGAUUACAUUGAAACACCUGGUUUGUGUUUGAUCUCAGAACAGCUCUGAAGUACUGGUCAGAUCCAAACAUGUGGCAAAGCCUUUUCCAAUCUCUACAUCAGGGCCUUUUCCUGCUCGCUAAACUCUCCGGCUUUAGUGAAACUCACUUCAGAUGGUCUUUGCACUCUGCCCUCAUUCCCUCUCGCAGUUUUGGGGUAAAAAAGAUUUGCUCUAAUCUCGAGAAGGAGGAUUUGCUUUUCACCCCCAAAUUAAAUCUCAAAAUGCUCAAUUUCUAUUCUCUGUUGAACCAUUCCACAAUAUCCUACUGGCUCUGUAUCAAGACAGACAUGUCAUUAUGACUUAAUGUGAUCUAUACAUCCUAAAUCUGAGCCUUCCUGAGGGAUUGCAUGUAUCUGGCAGGGUUUUGUUCUUUACUUCCCCAGGUGUAGGAAAGUACAUACUGUGGUGUAGUGAAGAGUUGACCAUAAGAUAUUUGACUGGCUUCACAAUGAGUCACAGUUCUUUAACAGGUCCCUCUGAGAAUGAUAUGUGCAGUUAAUGUCUGAAUUAUAUAAGAACUGGGCUCCACUAAACCGGUAUUUGAAGGAUUUAGGAUUGGUUUUGGUCCACUCAACGCGAACAUUGAACUGCUGGAGUUCCCUCACUUUUUCUCCCCUUAACUUUUAGUUCUAUAAAUCCAUGCUAUCCAGUCCAGAAAUGUCUGUGUAUACCCAAAAUGAAAUACCUUUGUGGUAGUCAAAGCGUUUAAAUAUAAGUUUGGAAAAUGUCAGUCGAUGUUGUCCCUGUGAUGUUAAACCAAUGGUUUGUUGACUACGGUAUUCAAGCCUUAAGUUUUCCAUUUUGGCUGUUGGCAUAUUGGCUUUCUGGAACCAUCAGUCACACGAAGGGGUGUGAGCUAGGUACAACUAAACGCUAAAAUAACAUUUAAAUGCCAAAAAAGGUUACAGUUAACGGAACAAACAAUAAAUGGGUUGAAGUUGUAAGACAGAAACACGGACAACACCCAAACCGGACAACAUUAUUGUAGCAACCUGCCCAGCCCUAAAACAAAUGUCUUAUUAUUAUUAUUUUAUAAUUAUUGUGACCAUCACUUAUAAAGUGAACAUCAUGCAUUGUUGAAGAAGACUUGAAACUAGUGAUUGAGACUAUUACGAGAACGAUUACUAAGUUAAUAAAUCAAGUGAGAAGUUGGGUCGAUUUUCACAGAUACAUUCAUACUUGUUUUGCAGGCAGGGAAGUUGCCCCCUUCUGGCUAUUAGAGACAAGAGACAAGUACAUUUUGGAUCUGAUCGGCAGUUAUAUGGUUAUUUUUGCAUCUCACAUUUCAUUUCUCCACCUGAUUGGUGAGUCAUUUGCCGCAACUUUUCUAAAAGUGGAAAUGGAUAAUUAAUUUUUUCCUGGUUAUUAGAAAGUCCUGAAAAUACAGUUUUAUCAGUCAGUCGAUCCCUGCAAACAGAUGGGCUGGAUUAGACAGAUUCUGUUGUGGAUAUAUUCAAUUACUCAUUCCAAACAUCCACCUUUGCUCUUCAAAGUCAUACAGUUUGAUAACUGUGGUCAUUAUCUAUUCAACUUAGAAACGUUGUGAAAAGUUUUAAUGGUGUAACCACCCGGUAAAGAGAAAUGUUCAACAUAUUGUAGAAGGUUUUUGCAAAUUGUAAAUAUGCCUUACCGUCUUACUGCCUUCAUGGUGGUUACACAAACAUUCAGCACUUCAUUUCUCAGUUGGAUAGAGACAAUGAACAAUAAACUGUUGUAGUUUGCUGACGAAUAUCCCAAGUAUGUUACAACAAAGGUUAUCCUUUAUAUCAAUUACAGUGUAACCAUAAUGUCUUAUCACAGGCUGUCUUAACAUUCUUCAGUUGCAGCUGGCCUGAAGGAUCAUCAAGAGUUAACCUUUUCUGGAAACAUUUUAAGGUUCCAAAAUGUUAUGUCUUGAAUUUGGACAGGUUGUUAUGUACAUUAUAAAUCUGCAUUAUUUUGUGUCCAGAUUGGUCAGGCUGAUAUUAAGAUAUGCAGUACUUUCUCAAAUAUCAAAUAAGUCUCCUGGGACUGAAUCUGCAUAUCCAGUUAAAUCAUGUGGAGUUCUGAUGCCAGGUUCCACAAAUGUUGCAUUCCAUCUUGGAAGUAAAAAACAAGUUUUGCAUUCCACUGUUUUGCACUCGUAUCAUGGUCCAAUUUGUUUCCUUCCCGUUGUGUAAUCUUGUGAUUCAGCCUAUUUAUUGACCUAUUUAUUUGUUUGAUUUACUAAAUUAUGACUUUUCCGAGGUGUCUGCACUGACAGAGAGGUGCGUCCUCGUUUAUGAAGUGCUUUUAACUGGAUCUUGCUUUACAAGGUGACUUGAUAACGUUUGUUUUGCCUGUCCUGCAGCCUCUGUAGGACAUAAGCACUAAGUUACAGCUCUCUGUAGUAAAACCUUUUUUUUUUUAAUCAUGUCACAUUUGCAUAAAGCUGUUACAGUUAUUUGUUUAGAAGAUUUUCUUUUUACUUGCGUGUACAUGUAUUGUCAUGAAGGAAUCCUAUGUAUGUUGCCAUGUGAAACACAACACAUAAUCAUGCUUGCAUUUAACAUUGCAUAUUUAUGAUAAUUAGAUCUUGGUCUUAACUUUAUCACUUUUGCUUGUUAUAAUAUUAUAUGGUUGUAAUGAGAAAUCAAAGCAAUGCCCAUAUUAUGGACGGUGUAGCCUGCAUUGACUUGAAAUAUUGACAGUGAGAAAAUUAUAUUUGGUCAUGUUUUAUGUAAUGCCUGGGAUGAGACGGCCAAUGUACAGUAUAAUACAAAGUUAGAAUAAACAAUGCUUUGCAAGUAUACAAAAAACUACAACACCCAUCAAGUACUCCAUUCUAAAUGUUGUGCAUAUUUAAAUGUAUUUCACUGAAUUUUCAGAAAAUCUGCAUAAGAAAAUUCAUUUAUGCAUUUUCAUCCACUACUGUUGCACGCAGCUAUAUCCAUAAGUUCACCAAAGUAAUUUUUGAGAACUUCCACAAUAUGACCAAUGUCAACGUGAUGAACGUUUUUCUACAUCUAGAACGCGCAAAAUAUUAUAUGAAAAGAGUUGAUCCCAUAAUACAUAAAAUACUUUUAGAAUGACUGAUUGCGAUAUCUCUUUUUUACAACAUUAUACCAACUUACUAUGUUAUAAGAAGAAACGUGUUUAGCCCUAAUGGAGCAUUUUAUGUAAUACUGAAAAUUCAUUGAUAUAGCAAGAUAAAAAACAUGUUACAGCGUGAAAAAAAUAAUUGGUAUAUGUAGCAAUGGAUUAAAAGUUGUCAAAAUAAUGAAAAAUGUCUUAACAUAACUAGGAAAAUUCUGCUCGACAAGUGUUUGACCAAAAACGAAUACUUAUUUUUAUUUUAAUGGCAGCAACAUGCUUCCGUACAUUUCUGCUUUAUAGAUGUUACAUUGCUUAUGUGAAAAAUGCACAGUGCUGUUUGUCUUUGGAACGUCACAUAUUUAUGCCAAAUGUUACUUACCAAUGUUUCAUAAACACUGACCAUAUAGAUAUUAUCUGUUGUUGAGAAGUAUAUUUGAGUAAGCAUAGUAUAUAGGUAUAAGUUGUACGGUGAAACUGUAAGCUGUAAGCCUGUUCUCUUUCACCUUUACACUCUUUCUCACCCUUCUGUCCCGUGUCUGGUGUUCAUCUCCUCUGUCACUUGUGGACACGUGGCAUUGUGUUGAACACUGUGAAACUCCAUUUGCUAGCACAUAUUGUUUCACAGUCUUUUCAACAUUUGCUGGGUGUUCCUGAACAUAUUUGCAAAAACAAUAAAGAUACCAAACAUGAGUUAUUAAACCUUCAA